GUACUGCUUUCCUGCCAUGUUGCUGUAUUUCCUCUUCCGGAGUACCCUCCCCUCCCCAGACCCCACUUUGUGGGAUUUCACUGUUGUUUUGUAUUUACCAUCUUAAGGCCUAACACUUUCUGGUCAUGGACAUGGCUACUGUGGGUCACUAUGUAUGGGUAAGCAUCCGGUAUGGAUAUAUUCACGUUUCAAUUAGUGUAUUUUUAUACAUCUUCACUGAUUACCUAUACAUAUGUCAUAUCUAUUUGACAUGGGUCCAUCAAGGCAAUGGAAAAGUCCAUUGCAAUAUAGAUGUAAACUACAUGAGUCUAGUAUUCUCAAUGAUUUUGAUAUUAUUGUCUAUGAAAUAUACAUGAGUAUAGAAUUAUUAAUGAUGGUAAUUAGUGAUAUCUUAAACAAACAAAACCAUCAAACUUCAUAUACAGUUAAUGACGAAAGCUUGGUGCGUACGUGCUACAAACUCUACACUUCUAAUUCUUCGUCCUUGUUUACGUUAGCCACUUCCUCAUUUGCAAGUGACUCCAAAGCGUUAUAUCACCAAAAUCUUUCACAAAUAAACAACAACCACUAUAUAAUAAGCACACAUCAACUUCAUGUAUCAUUAUACAAUUAUGAAUAUUUUAUCUAUCACAUUCGAAUGUAACCCUACACAAAUGGACAUAUAUGAACAUGACUUAAAUUUUAUUGAAUUUGAAGGCUAAGUACCUGAAUUUGGAAAAGGUGCGGAUAUUUAGCUUUCAUAUCUUCCUUGGCUUCCCAUGUGGUUUCCCCAGAAUUAUGGUUCCUGCCAUAGAGCUUUAACUGGGAUUAUAUCUUUCGCUCUCAACUUUUGAACUUGCCUCUCAAAAAUGGCAGUUGACACUUUUUCGUAAGUUAAAAUUUCAUUAAUGUCAAGUCUUAAUUGAAGGAAUGACAUGCGAUGGAUCAAACACAUAUUUUCAUAGCACAAGAUGAACUAUUGACAACUCUGGAGGUAAGACCAACCUGUAGGCCACUUUCCCUAUCCUUGGCGGAAUCUCAUAAGGUCGAAUGAACCUAAGGCUCAACUUCCCCUCUUUGCCAAAUCUCAUGCACCAUUUCAUAAGUUUAAAAAUAUGUAGUUGCCUUCCAUGAAUUCGGACCACGAUGUCGCUUAUCCGAAUAAGACUUUUGAUGACUUUGACCAGUCUUAAGCCUGUCUAGGACGAUCUUUACUUCUCUAAGGCUUCAUGAACUAGAUCCGGACCAACAACUUUGUCUAUCCGAUUCAAACCAACCAAUGAGCGAUCUACAUAAUAGUGAAUAUGGUUGAAUGUAGAUACAACAUCCCUUGGGGUUUGUACGGAGAUGUGAACAAAUUUAAGCAGAUUUUGGGUAUUGGUCGGAAAUCUCCUCAAGAACCCUUAACCCUAACUCAAAAACUCAUUCUCUUUCUCUCUCUCUGACAUGGUAUAUUUAUAGUUAGUGGAGGCUCGCGAUGCAGACUCGUCGCACGCUCCCCUUACUUGUGAACUUCAGCCUUCGCUCACGUGAUGGGCCAUGCAAUGUGGCAAAAUUUGUUUUCCCUUACUACCUUGCCUGCAUCUCCAAUUUCCUCUUCCUCGCAACGAGCCUGCGACACAAGCUCCACUGCCUUCUCAGGGUCGAGGUUGGGUCGAGGUUCGUGAUAGGAAGUAGUAUGCGAUCUUAAGCCCCCAGGUAGUCUUCAUCUGCUCACGUUGGUUCUCGCGAUGCAAGCCUAUUGCAAGGUGUGCCAUAUUUCAAGAAGAUUGUGAAGUUCUUUCAAAGUCACCUUCACAGAUUCAUAUCAAGCUCAGGCCAUACUCAAAGGAUGCUGGCUAUGAAGAUUCAGACGUGUCAGCGCUUCUUUCAGUGAGGUUAACAGGCUGCAGUUUUAUGCGCCUUUUUGUUGCUCUGUUGUCUAUUCUUCUCUGGGCCAGUUCCAAUGCUCGAGAAGGGCGGGUUAUGAUCUACAAUUUGGUUGAAGCUGCUCAAGAAUUCUUGUCUGAAAUUGUUCCACAGGAGCGUCUGCAUGGAUCUGUUUCAUGCCAGUCGGCGGAUAUUACCAGCCAAUUGACGUGUAAGGAUGCGGCAGUUUCAUCUGGUGAUACCUGUUCUUUUGGUGGGCCAUUUGUAUAUGGCUUUGUCGAUCUUUUUAGUGGCUCAGGUGAGUCGUGGCAUUGGAGCCUGGGAAUAAAUGAUAAUGGUCGGGUAGACUCUUUGGUGGAGUCCCAUGUAUCAGCAGGUCUCAAGCAUGAAUAUGACAAUCAGCAGAAGAAAAUUGACCAAAUUGUGAAGCCAGGAUUGAAUCAAGUAGCUAAGCAAGAAUCUUUGCGUAAAGCCGAAAUGAAAUUAGAUGCUCUUGAAGAAGAGAGUGAAGGUGAAAGUAAAAGUUGUAGGGAUUUGAGUAGAAGUUAUACGGAUGAAUCAAUCGAAGACCAUGUCAUGUUCAAGAAUAUUUUUCUGGAAGGGAAUCUAUCAGACUCUGGUGAUGCUCAGCGGGAAACUGAACCUGAACCUUCAGAACUGGUGUCCUCUGGAUCUCUGGUUCAUGGCCAUUUACCUCACACCCUAGAAAAAGACCUCAUUCUGGCACACUUACUUCGGCUUGCCUGCGGCCCUAAAGGACCGCUAUCUGAUGCUUUGCCAGAAGUAACAUCAGAGCUCUUUGACCUUGGGAUUGUCUCCAAACGUGUACAAGAUCUGGCAACCAAACCUUCAAUCUUUGAUGGGACUUUUGAUCGUGUUUUUCAAGCACAUAAGGUGUCAUCAAAGCUCUCACAAUUUUGGAAAGCUUCAUCUGAAUUGGAAGGGCAGAAUUCUUCACCUCCUCAAAACUCUCGAUAUCUAAAUGACUUUGAGGAGCUCCAACCCCUAGGUCAGGGUGGGUUUGGUCACGUUGUGCUGUGCAAGAAUAAGCUUGAUGGGAGGCAAUAUGCCAUGAAGAAGAUUCGAUUAAAGGACAAGAUUCUGCCUUUAAAUGACCGUAUAUUGAGGGAAGUUGCCACACUUUCCAGGUUGCAGCAUCAGCACGUUGUUCGUUAUUACCAAGCAUGGUUUGAAACAGGCAUCACUGUCUCCUGCGAUGAUUCCAGCUGCGGUUCCAGAACAGUUGUGAGCUCUAGUUUCACCUAUAUGGAUGGGAGUAUGUCGGACCACCUUGGACAGGAGAAUAAGCUCGAGUCGACUUACCUAUAUAUCCAAAUGGAAUAUUGCCCAAGGACGCUCCGUCAAAUGUUUGAAUCAUAUAGUCAUUUAGACAAGGAACUUGCAUGGCAUUUGUUCCGACAAAUUGUAGAAGGCUUGGCACAUAUCCAUGGACAAGGCAUUAUUCAUCGCGAUUUGACACCUAAUAAUAUAUUUUUUGACGCUCGCAACGACAUUAAAAUCGGGGAUUUUGGUCUUGCCAAAUUCUUGAAACUAGAGCAGCUGGACCAGGAUGUGGAUGCGUCGGAGAUGAUAGGAGUUUCUGUUGAUGGCACUGGCCAAGUCGGUACAUAUUUCUAUACUGCACCUGAAAUAGAGCAAAGGUGGCCAAAGAUUAAUGAGAAGGCUGAUAUGUACAGCUUAGGAGUUGUUUUCCUUGAGUUGUGGCAUCCUUUUGACACUGCAAUGGAGAGACAUAUCGUUCUUUCUGAUUUAAAACAAAAAGGAGAGGUUCCUCCUGCUUGGGCUGCUGAAUUUCCGGAGCAGGCAUCCUUGUUAAGGCGCUUAAUGACCCCAAGUCCAUCAGACCGUCCAUCAGCCGUCGAACUUCUUCAAAAUGCCUUUCCUCCUCGAAUGGAGUAUGAGAUGUUGGAUAAUAUUCUUAGGACAAUUCACGCUUCAGAUGACACGGGUAUUUAUGAUAAAAUUGUAAAUGCCAUUUUUAAUGAAGACACUUUAAACACAAAAGGCCAUAACACAAAUCUUGAGAGUUCGAAGGUGGCUGGAAGGGAUACCUCAUGUAUUCUGUUCACUGAUCUACAGACUGAGAGUCGUGAUCAUGUCGUCGAGAUUGCCACAGAAAUCUUCAGACGACAUUGUGCAAAGCAUUUGGAGAUUAUACCUGUGCGAAUGCUGGGUGAAUGUCCACAUCCAAAUAGUCGAGAAAGGAACGCUGUUAAGCUUUUGACUCAUGGAGGAGACAUGGUUGAGCUUUGCCAUGAACUUCGACUGCCUUUAGUGAAAUGGAUCAUUGCCAAUCGGAGAUCAUUCUUUAAACGCUACGAAAUAGCAUACGUAUACAGGCGAGCGAUCGGUCAUUCGCCCCCCAACCGAUAUCUGCAGGGGGAUUUUGAUAUUAUUGGAGGGAAAACAGCUCUAACUGAAGCAGAGAUAAUUAAGGCCACGAUGGACAUUAUCCUUCAUUACUUUCAUCCUGAAUCAUGUGAUACUCGUUUGAAUCAUGCUGAUCUUUUGGAUGCAAUUUGGGCUUGGGCGGGAAUCAGACCAGAACACAGACAAAAAGUAGCAGAGCUUCUUUCCCUUUUGGGUUCUUUGCGCCCUCAAUCUUCUGAAAGAAAGACGAAAUGGGUGGUCAUCAGGCGACAACUUCGACAGGAGCUUAAUCUUGCAGAAACUGCUGUAAAUAGAUUACAAACAGUGGGGUUGAGGUUCUGUGGAGUUGCAGACCAGGCUCUUCCCCGAUUAAGGGGAGCUCUUCCUCCUGAUAAAGCCACACGCAAGGCACUUGAAGAUUUGUCGGAUCUUUUUAACUACUUACGAGUUUGGAGACUUGAUCAACGUGUCUAUAUAGAUGCCCUUAUGCCACCAACUGAGAGUUACCACAGGAACUUGUUUUUCCAGAUAUAUUUAAGAAAAGAUGACCAUCCUGGAUCACUAAUGGAAGGAACAUUGCUUGCAGUAGGUGGUCGAUAUGACUACCUGCUCCACCAUAGUGGAGAUUUGGAAUAUAAAUCAAAUCCUCCAGGAGCUGCAGGGAGCAGUCUUGCCUUGGAGACAAUUUUGCAACAUGCUUCUUCUCUGGAUAGCAGACCUUACAGAUAUGAUGUUGUCACCAAUGUUCUUGUUUGUUCAAGAGGAGGUGGUGGUCUGUUAAUAGAACGGAUGGAACUAUUGGCAGAGCUUUGGGAAGAAAAUAUCAGGGCUGAAUUUGUUCCUCUAAGUGAUCCAAGCCUUACAGAACAGUACGAAUAUGCUAAUGAGCAUGACAUCAAAUGCCUUGUCAUCAUCACUGACACUGGUGUAUCCCAAAAGGAUUCAGUGAAGGUCAGACAUCUUGAGCUCAAGAAGGAAAAAGAAGUGGAGAGAGGAAACCUCGUCAAGUUUCUAUUAGAGGCUAUGUCAUCUCAGUUUAGAAACCCAUCCAUCUGGAACUAGCUCACAUUUCCAGGUGACUGAUGGGCUUGUCAGGCCUAGCAGGAGAUGAAGCGAAAUAUA